AUGUCUUCGAAAAAUGAAGAGGAUGAAGCUAUAUCCAAUUUUAGAAAAUAUUUACAGAUACCUACCGUCCACCCCAAUGUCGAUUACAGUGAAUGUGUCCAAUUUCUACAGUGUCAAGCUGAAAGUUUAGGACUACCAUCAAAAAUUCACUAUAUGGCACCAAAAAAACCGGUUGUUAUUAUUACACUACAAGGAAAAAAACCUGAGUUACAAUCUCUGUUGCUCACAUCGCAUAUGGACGUCGUACCAGUUUAUCCAGAAAAAUGGACAUAUGAUCCAUUUUCGGCUUACAAAGAUGCACAAGGAAACAUAUACGCUAGAGGAGCACAAGAUAUGAAAUGCGUCGGUAUACAAUAUUUAGAAACAAUAAGAAGAUUCAAAAAUAAUAAUUUAAUUCUUGAUAGGACCAUUCACGUUUCUUUCAUGCCUGGACGCCUGGUAUGUCUAUAUAUUUUUGAUGAAGAAAUCGGAGGAACUUUAGGUAUGGCCCAUUUCGUUAAGACCGAUGAAUUCCGUUCUUUGAAUAUUGGAUUUACAUUAGAUGAAGGUUUGGCAACUAUAGACGAUGUUAUUCCUUUAUAUUACGGCGAAAGAACAAUUUGGCAAUUCUACAUUCGAAGCACCGGCACUCCAGGUCACGCAUCACUACUUCAUGAUAAUACUGCAGCUGAAAAAUUGAUAUUCGUGGUAAAUAAAAUAUUGGGCUGGAGGACGGAGGAAAAGUUAAAAUUGUCCCAAGGAAUGGAUAUCGGAGAAGUUACUUCUGUGAAUAUGACAAUGUUGGAUGGUGGAUGUCAACUAAACGUUGUACCGCCAGAGCUGUCAGCUGGUUUCGAUGUUCGGUUGGAUAUUGGCACAGAUCGCCGUGCUAUGGAGGAUAUCAUAACUGGGUGGUGCCACGAAGCUGGCGAGGGUAUACGAAUGGAACUUUUCAAAGCAAAUGAACAGACUACACCGACUAAGCUAGAUGGUUCAAACCCUUGGUGGUUAAAAUUUAAAAGUGAAUGCGAUGAAAUGAAUUUAAAACUAAAACCAUCUAUUUGUCCUGGGGCCGGUGAUAGCAGAUACAUCAGACUAAUUGGUAUUCCCGCACUUGGAUUCUCUCCAAUGAUGUACACUCCUGUGCUUUUACACGAUCACGAUGAAUAUUUGAAUGAAAAUACAUUUUUGGACGGAAUUAAUAUUUAUUAUAACAUAAUUAAAGGUUUAGCAACUGAAUAA